AUGCCACCUCUGCCUCUCAUUCCCCUCUUGCUUAUCUUCUUCAUUCCAUUCUCCUCCUCCGUCGCACCACAGCUACUACACCAGUCCCACUUCAACAAACACAAAUUUCACCUCAACAAAUCAGAUUCAUACAAACAAUACUAUGAAAUUACACGCCCUUUACCUUUCCACACCCUGAUUCCCUCAUGCGCACUCCCAGUCUUCUCCCACGACUUCGAAAACACCAUCGGCCUGCCUCCGACCACCGCCGGAUACUCUUCUCCGGCUAACUGUACUUGGUCCCACGUCUCUCUGCACCUUUCCGUCUCUUCCAAUGGGUCCCAGUAUGAUCGCAUUGCCGCGGUGUGGCUUGACGGCGCCGAGCUGCUCCGCACCAGCACCGCGGAGCCCACCCCAGAUGGUGUCUUCUGGAAAAUUAGCAAGGACAUCACCAGGUACUCUUCGAUUCUCCGUCAGGAAAACCUCACCCUCUCCGUCAUGCUUGAAAACGUCGUUAAUGACGUCUAUACCGGCGUUUACCGGGUCAAUAUCACCUUCUUGUACUAUGAUAUUGGUAGUAAUGAUACUGGCUCCCACGGAUUUAACUUCCCAUUGUCAUUAUUUCCACUGAACCAGAAGUCAACUGUCAUGAAAUGGAAAGAAAACCCUGUAAUUUCAACGUUGAAUCGUGAAGAGAACUCGUUGGAUUUAUAUGAUAAGCCAGCAGAUUUGAUAAUUCCAAUAUCUGGAAUUGAAAAUGAUGGGUUUUGGUUCAGAAUCGAGAAGGGUUCCGAUGUGAUGUACAAGGGGAUUCAGAUUCCAGCAAAUACAUACAAGGCUGUGAUCGAGGUUUAUGUUUCAUUUCAUGGAAAUGACGAGUUCUGGUACUCGAAUCCCCCUGAUUCUUAUAUAGAACUGAACAAUUUGGAAACAAAGCGGGGCCAUGGUGCUUACCGGGAAGUUCUGGUGUUGCUUGAUGAUAAUAUAGUUGGAUCAGUGAUCCCAUUCCCGGUGAUUUUCACGGGCGGGAUCAAUCCUUUAUUUUGGGAGCCAAUAGUUUCUAUUGGGGCGUUUGAUUUGCCUUCCUACGAUAUUGAUAUAACCCCCUUUUUGGGUAUGUUACUUGAUGGUAAUGUGCAUAGUUUCGGGCUGAGAGUAGCUGAUGCUAUCUCGUUCUGGCUUGUGGAUGCGAAUUUGCAUUUAUGGUUGGAUAAUAAUGUGAAAGAAGUUCAGGCUAUGACGUUUAAAUAUAGUGCUCCCAGUAGUGGAGUUGAAUGCGAAUCAAAGUUUCACAAGCUCGAUGGAUCCUUUGAGAUUGAAGGGAAGAGGAAGAGUGAGGUUUCUGGGUGGGUGAAUUCGAGUUUAGGAAAUUUGACUACCUAUGUUCAUCAAAAGUUGAAGUUUGAGAACACCAUAAAGUUCAAAAAGAAUGGGACUCAGAAGGUUGUGAAGCAAGAAGUGAAGGUGAAGAAAGAAUUAAGAGUUGAGUCCGAUACAGGUACCUUGAUUUCGCGUACCACCGUGAAGAAAACGUAUCCCCUGAAAAUCACCAGUUCAACUUUGGCUGGAUCAGAGAAGAACACUUACUUGAUGAUCACAGAUCUGGAGCAUUCCCUAAAGGAGGAGAGGUCGAAUGGGAAUUUAUCGAGCUCUUUGGUUAACAGUCAACAAUCCAGUGGGUGGAUGUUUGUACAGGAUCAUGACGUGCUCUCUGGUGCAGCGACUACUGAUCAAAGUUACACUUACAAGGACAAUUUCAGUUGCUACUCUCAGAUAGUUUCAGCUGCCAAUGGCAAGCUUGGGAGCAAUACCACAAGCCUUCUCUGUUCGUCGUCCUUUUGA